AUAAAAUUAGGGUACAAAUUGUCAAGUCUUAUAUAUAUAUAUAUAUAUAUAUACUUUCUUCGUCUUACCAAAACCACUCUUCUCAAGUAUUCCUCUUCUUUCUUCCAAAUGUCUAAUCGAUGGCUCCAUAUGUAUCACCAAAACAACCUUUCAAACACUCAACUGCCCUUUCAUCUUUCCGAUCAUGAUCAAGUCAAUACAAACAAUAACUCCGAUACGGUUUCUGAUUCCACCGUCGUCACCGCCGCUGUCUCCUCCGCCACUACCCCACCAGCCUCAACCGGUUUGAACCCAGAUGGGAGCCGAGUCAAGCCGGUCCGAAAGCGGUCCAGGGCCUCUAGACGAACCCCAACCACUGUNCUCAACACGGACGCCGCAAAUUUCCGAGCAAUGGUUCAGCAAUUCACCGGCGGCCCUUCCAACGCCAAUAAUAACCUCCACAAUUUUCCCACAUUCGGCUUCCCCGGUAAUUGUCAAGCGCUUUUCGAUCCGGCCGCCGCCGCCUACCAUCUCCAAGAUCCGCCGCAGCAGCCGACGCUUUUCCAAUUCCAAAGCCAGCCACCGCCGCUGCAGCAACCACCGUUUAUGUUUUCGUUGAGUAAUUCGGCCGCCGGUGCGGCGUUUUUUCAACAACCACAUGGUGGAGGAUCGAGAAGUAAUAAUGAUAAUAAUAUUAAUUAUAUGGAAGUUUUUGAUGGGUCUUCUCCGACGCCUCAAAAUCACCGGCCGACGUGAAUCCGGCGCGGCGGCAGGGAUGUCGACGGUAGUUUUUUUUGGGGGGAGGGGGGGAGGAGUGGGUGGAAAAGAAGAAGUUAGGCACCGAGUCAUCUCCUGACAAAUUCUUCAAAGAUGACUUUUUAAUAUUUUUUUUUUAAUUUUUGACCAUGGUGUGUAUAUGUGUCGGAAAGUUGCGUGCGGCACGUGAUCUCUAGCUACUUCACACGUGUAAAAACUUUUUUCUUUUUAUUUUUUCUGAGUACCACGUGUGAAUUAUUUUCAAUGGCCACGUUCCUAUUCCACCCACCGUAUGUAUAAGGUAUGCCGUGUUUGGAACCACUUUUGUCCAUUAUGUAACGUUUAUUAUUAUUUAAUUAUAAUGUAUUUUUUAUUUUUACUCAAUAAAAACAAUAUUUUAUUAUCAAA